GUUUGUCAUUAUGGUUUAAGCGGACAUGUCACCUGAAUACAUACCAACAUUACACAGACAUUUCCGAUUAUGAGGACAGGGUCAGAGUCCUUAUAAUUCAAACAGCGCAGAAGUGUUUCUAGAACCCAAAUAUUGCUUUUCCCCAAAAUGUCUGUAUAGUUCAGAAUGAUCAAUUUGUGUCUCAUAGUUCUAACAGCGCAGAAGUGUUUCUAUAGGUAGAGACAACCCAAAUAUUGCUUUUCCCCAAAAUGUCUGUAUAGUUCACAAUUAUCGAUUUUUGUGUAUAAUCAGUGUAUAAAAGUGCGCUACUGGUGGUGAAAAGUGGUACUAUACACCUCAUGAAUAAUUCACACAGCGGAGCUUCUGAUUGGCUGUACUAUACACCUCAUGAAUAAUUCACACAGCGGAGCUUCUGAUUGGCUGACAACCCUCCCCUCAGCAUCGGAUCAACUCUCACCCACUCGGUUCACACUGACUUGGAGGAAGAGACAUGUGCAGGAGAUGGCAACUCUAAGGUCCCGGAGGAGAGUGGUAAAACCCAUCAAUGAGGCGAAGUAUUUCUCGUCCUUGUCGAAAGAUACAAAGAUUUCAACUGAAGCAGCUCCUCCAGUUCCUAAUGCAGCAGGAACAGAGAGUGAUGUCAACAACACUGAACAGAAGAGAGCAAGGCGACCUGUUGAGACCACUCCAGGCGCCUCAGAUGAUGGUGACUCUGCCCUGGAAGGCACGUCUCAAGCAUUACACAAAAACACUGAUGGGAAGGAGAGAGUGCACAGCAGGAGGGAAGUGCGCACACAUUCAGGAAAGAAGAGAGCAAGGCGACCUGUUGAGACCACUCCAGGCGCCUCAGAUGAUGUUGACUCUGUCCUGGAAGGCACACGGCCCCUUGCGUGGGAAAAGGAUCCCAGGAGAAAACAAAAACGGCCGUGGUCACCAACGGAGAUUGCUGCAGUAAUGCGGCAUUUCAGGGUCCACAUAGCCAAAGGGAGUCUAGCCACAAUAAAAGAGUGCAAACUGUGCAAGAUUGCUGAGCAUCCUGCUCUAGCUAAACGAUCUGAACAAAAUUUAAGAGAUUUUGUAAGGAAUCGGGGUAUUGUUGCAAAGAAGUCAUUCAAAGACAUUCGCCCAGUGUUUUAAAUGU